AUGCCAAGUGCUAUCAUCUAUGAUAUUGGCUUUUAUAGCCUGGUUGCUUCUGCUGAGACCAUGGCCAAAAUCAUUGAAGUGAAUGGAUUUGAUGGUUUUGUGAAAGCUGUAGCAGAUCUUGAGACUGUCCCAGACUUGUUUGUCCUGUUUUCUGGGAGUAAGAAUCCUGCUGGAGUCAACUGGUGCUCUGAUUGCACACGAGCUGAACCAGUUAUCAAGGAAUUCCUGAAAUCAUGCCCAGAUGUUGUACUGCUAUAUGUGGGGGUUGGAGAUAGGGACAUAACAUCAUCUCAAGCCUGA